CAGAAGCAGGAUCCAUUGUUCCCUAUUCUGCUGUGCCACAAGUCAGAGUGAAAGAAGAAGACUUCAAACCAAGCAACAGCCUUCUCUAAUUGCAGCGAGUGUGCAUUGGGGAAGAUCCACCAAGGAUAAUCUCUGCAGUGGUUUAUUCUGAAAUCAUUAGCGACGACUUGCUCUGGCAGUAAGUGGUGUCUAGCCGUGUCAUGGGGACACUGGUGAUCUUCAGAGGGCAGUCCAUCUGGGGGUUAGCGCUGCUCUCUAUCUCCAUCGGGAUACUGGACGCAAAGACAGCUGUGGAGAGGAAAGCUCUUUAUAUCUGGCAAACAGGUCCAUGGGGUCGAUGCAUGGGGAGUGAGUGUGGCCCUGGAGGGAGCCAAAGCAGGGCAGUGUGGUGCGCACACUCUGAAGGAUGGACAACUCUGCACACCAACUGUGACCAAACGUCGAGGCCAGACAACCAGCAGAGCUGCUUCAGAGUGUGUGACUGGCACAAAGACCUAUAUGACUGGCACUUGGGUGCCUGGAACCAAUGUGUUCCUGUGUCCAUGCAAAUUGAGUUGCAAAAAGAAUUGCAGCCCUCAACCCAGUGCACUGGAGGUGUGGAAGGUAUCCAAACUAGAGAGGUGGGCUGUGUCCAGAGAACAAAUGGACAAUCUGCAGAGGAUGAAAUCUGUGAAUACUUUGAGCCUAAACCUCGUCUAGAGCAGGCCUGUCUCAUACCCUGUCCACAGGACUGUGUGGUGUCCCUGUUCAGUCCAUGGAAUUCUUGCUCUAAAACCUGUGGUAUUGGCCUGCAGAAUCGAAUACGCUUCGUUUUAACCCCACCACUUUUUGGUGGUACUGCAUGUCCAAAUCUGACUGAGUUCCGAACUUGCCAACCAGGACCGUGUGAGGAAGUUGAGAAUCACUAUAGCCUCAAAGUUGGACCUUGGGGCCCAUGCUCUCUGCCACAGCAGCGGAAAGCCAGACAAGCAGACAAACCUGUUACUGAGAAUGACAAAUUGUUGGUCAGUAAGAAACCUUCACAAGAGGAGGACAAGUUGAUUACAGAAGAAGAAGAAUUGUCAAAAUGGGCUAAAAUACCCAUGAAAGUCAGUAAAAAACUAUUGAAGAGAGGAAAAAAAGAGAACAGAAAAGCAGAAAAGCCUGCAAGACCAAAUCAAAAUAUGGGCAGAGAAGGUAAAAAGUCAGUCAGGCCAAUGCAAGAUGAAGACCAUUCAAAACAGAAAAGAGCUAAGAAUGUGGAUAAAUGGGUAACAACAAAGACUAAAGAACGUAUGAGGAUGACUAAGAAGACAAAGAAAGUUAAUUUGGAGAAACCGGAGAUCCUCAAGAAAAACCGAACAACCAACCGCCUAAACCGCAUAGGGGGAAAGUCCUGGGAACUGCAAGUUGGAUACCAGACUAGGGAAGUGUCCUGUGUGCACAAGAAUGGAAAUGUAGAAGCUCUCAGCCGGUGCAUCGAAGAUCUCCUGCCAUCGACUGUACAGGCCUGUGUCAUGACCAAAAACUGUGAAGUCACUCAGUGGUCAGAAUGGUCAGCUUGUUCGAAGGAGUGCUAUGAUCCCAGUGGGCCCAAAGGGGAACGGUAUCGUACUCGCAAAGUGAGGCAGUACCCCAUCGGAGGAGGAGCAGAAUGUCCAGUACUGGAAGAGAAGGUGUCCUGCAACCCUGAAGCGGACUCAGUGUCUCCUUGCAUUGUUUACAGCUGGAAAACCACUGAGUGGACAGAGUGCAGAGUGGACAUACUGUUGAGCCAGCAGGAUCGUCGCCGUGGAAACCAGACUGGUUUGUGUGGAGGUGGAAUUCAAACACGGGAGAUAUUCUGUGUCCAGACCAUUGUGGACUUAUCAUCCAUCUUCAGAACUCAACAUAGUAAAGAAGAUUUGCGUCCAGUUGACAGUGGUCUCUGCCUGGGAAUCCCACCAAACACCACACAGCUUUGCCAUAUCAGCUGUCCAAUUGAUUGUGAAGUGUCUUCCUGGAGUGCAUGGGGUCAAUGCACUUUUGACAAUUGUCAGGACCAGACAGUCAAAAAAGGAUUUAAACUACGGAGUAGAAAGAUCAUGAAUGAGCCAACAGGAGGCACAGGGAACUGCCCCCACCUGGUGGAGGCUAUACCUUGCGAAGACCCUAGCUGCUAUAACUGGCUGGUGGUGAAGCUGGAAAAGUGUGUUGCUGACAACAAAAUGAAAUGUGGUCCUGGAACACAGAUUCCUCAAGUGCAGUGUAUCAAUUAUGAUGGGGUCAGUGUGGAGCAUCAACUCUGUCAGGAUGCUAUUCUACCAAUGCCUUCUCUUUGUGAAGUUCCAUGCCCAAAGGAUUGUGCCCUUAGCACCUGGACUGCCUGGUCUUUGUGCUCUCACACGUGCACUGGAAAGAACACUGAGGGCAAGCAGAGCAGGCACCGGUCCAUCUUGGCCUACAAUGCCGGAGACGGAGGCAUCCAGUGUCCCAACGUCAGCUCCCUGCAGGAGGUGCGCAGUUGCAAUGAGCACCCAUGCACUGUGUACCACUGGCAGACAGGUGCAUGGGGACAGUGCAUCGAAGACACGUCCAUACCCACCACUAACUCCACACUAGGUCGGACACGAGGGGAUGAAUUCUCCUGCUCAGUGGGGAUGCAAACCCGCAAAGUGAUCUGCACACGGGUCAACGUGGGUCAAGUUCCACCCAAAAAGUGUCCAGAAACUGUGCGUCCAGACUCGGUCAGGCCUUGUUUAUUGCCUUGCAAGAGAGACUGUGUGGUCACUCCUUACAGUGAAUGGAGCCCGUGCCCAGCUACAUGUGAACCAGGAUGGAACAAGAAGAAGAGGCAAUACAGAAAACGUGUCAUUUUGCAGCUGCCGGCAAAUGGGGGACAGGACUGCCCUGAUGUUUUGACCCAAGAGCGAGAAUGUGAUGCAACAUCUGUCUGCAAGGGUUAUAGAUGGAAAAUUCAUAAAUGGAGGCGGUGCCAGCUGGUGCCAUGGUCAGUUCGUCAGGACAGUCCUGGAGCUCAGGAAACAUGUGGCUCAGGUCUGCAAAUUCGAGCUGUUUCCUGUCGUAAGCAGGAGGGUGGGCCAGCAGACAUUGAGGCAUGUCUUAAGUCUGCCAUCUCGAUGCCUCCACUCACGCAGCUCUGCCAGGUCCCCUGUCAGGAAGCAUGUCAGCUCAGCAGCUGGUCAAAGUUUUCUUCCUGCACAGCUAACUGCAUUGGUGUCCGGACUCGCAAGAGGAUCCUCAUUGGAAAGAGCAAAAAGCGGGAGCAGUGCAAAAACAACCAGAUUUACCCACUCACUGAGACUCAGUAUUGCCCCUGCAACAAAUACAACGCCCGGCCAGUGGGUAACUGGUCAGAUUGUAUCUUGUCAGAGGGAGGACGGCUUGAAAGUCAAUUGGGCAUGAAGGUCCUGGGUGACAUCAGGGAGUGUGGUCAAGGGUACCGCUACCAAGCAACGGUGUGCUAUGAUCAGGACAACCGUAUUGUUGAGACUUCCCGCUGCAACAGUCAUGGUUACAUUGAGGAGGCCUGCAUAAUUCCUUGUCCCUCGGACUGCAAGCUAAGCGAGUGGUCCAACUGGUCGCGCUGUAGCAAGUCCUGUGGUGGUGGGGUAAAAGUUCGUUCUAAGUGGCUCAGAGAAAAACCAUAUAAUGGAGGAAGACCCUGUCCAAAAUUGGACCAUGUCAAUCAGGCUCAAGUGUAUGAAGUGGUGCCCUGUCACAGUGACUGUGGCCAGUAUGUAUGGGUGGCUGAACAGUGGAGUGUCUGGAAGGUCAGCAAUGUUAACCUACAGAAAAACUGUGGAGAGGGUGUCCAGACAAGAAAAGUCCGGUGUAUGCUGAAUACUGUUGAUGGGCCCAUGGAGCAAGUGGAAGACUACUUGUGUGAUCCAGAGGAGAUGCCACUCGGGUCCAGGAAUAGCAGACUGCCCUGCCCAGAGGACUGUGUGCUGUCAGAGUGGGGACCCUGGAACCCAUGUCCUCUGCCAUGCGGUGGGAACCACACUCGGGUCAGAAAUGCCACUCCACUUCGUCAGCCGGGUCAGAAUAGCGUUUGCCCUCCAAACCAAGAGACGGAGACAUGCACACUGAACACCAAUUGUUUCCACUUUUCCUACAACAUAACUGAUUGGAGCACCUGUCAGCUCAGCAACAGAGCUGUGUGCGGAAGUGGCAUCAAGACACGAAUGCUGGACUGUGUUCGCAGUGAUGGCAAAUCAGUCGACCUCAACAUCUGCAAAGAGCUGGGCCUAGAGAGUAAGUGGCAGAUGAAUGCUUCCUGUGUAAUUGAGUGUCCACUGAACUGCCUACUGUCCAGCUGGUCAUCUUGGUCCGAAUGCACACACACAUGUGGUCUUCAAGGGAAGCUGUGGAGAAGGAGGGUCGUAAUCCAGGCUCCCCAGGGUGACGGCAGGCCCUGUCCUUCUCAGGUGGAGCAGUGGAAGCCAUGUGUGGUAAAACCCUGCUACAGCUGGAGAUACAGCGACUGGUCUCAGUGCAGGUCUGAGGGUGCCAGGUGUGGGGAUGGCAUGCGCUUCCGAAGUGUGUCCUGCUAUGUAUCAGAUGGUAAAAACCUGAAGGACAGCCGCCUGGUUGAUGAUGACCUGUGUGCAGAUCUGGAGCCUACAGUAGAGAAAGACACCCCCAUCAUAAUUGAGGAGCCGUGCACCAAGCCUUGCCCGGGCGAGUGCUACCUGACAGACUGGACAGCAUGGAGUCAGUGUCAGCUCAGCUGUGCUGGUGGUGACGAUCAAGGCUUUGGAUCAGUCCAGGUCAGAUCUCGGGCUGUUGUGGCACAAGACCCAGAAAAUCUACUGCAAUGCCCAGAGCAGGAGCUGGAUGUCCGACCAUGCACAGAUGGCCAGUGUUUAGAGUACAAGUGGAGAACUGGACCAUGGCAGGGAUCGUCACGUGAAGUCUGGUGCGAACGCUCUGAUGGACUCAAUGUUACAGGCGGCUGCCAUGGUGCAGCUGAGCCACUGGUGGACCGAUCAUGUGAUCCAAUCUGCAGCAAGCCACGAUCAGUCUGCACAGAGUCCGGUGUAUGUGGUUGUGAAGAUGGCUACACAGAGGUCAUGACCUCUGACGGUGAGUUGGAUGAGUGCACGCUCAUCCCAGUACUGGAGAUUCCAACUGCAGGAUACCCUAAAGCAGAUGUGAAGACCAUUAGAGCCUUGAACCCCCCUGAGGCUGAAUCGAGCUCACCAGGAAGGGCAGGACGAACAUGGUUCCUGCAGCCAUUUGGUCCAGAUGGGAAGAUGAAGACCUGGGUAUACGGCGUAGCAACAGGAGCCCUGGUCCUCUUGGUUUUCAUCAUCUCAAUGACCUACGUAGCAUGCAAGAAACCAAAGAAACCAAAGCGCCGGCAGAUGACCAACAGACUGAAACCAAUAACCCUUGACUAUGAUGGAGAUGCCGACAUGUAGAUGUCAUCCAUCUUUGUACUUCAUCUGUCCAAAUGCUAUGGGGUCACCAACAUAGCUCCCAUAAAAAGAGAAACCUCAUGAACGGCCUUUGAAUUCCUACCUUUGAUGAGAUGUACUUUGUUCAUUUCAAUUGUCUUCAUUUUUUUAUGCUUCUGGAAGUUUGCAUUAUCUUCUUCAUUUCUUCCUGCAAAGAUGCAGGGCACCUCAUACUAAACACACUUGGACCAAGUCAAAAAGGGACAUGUAUGAAAAAAGUUGCCUCUUUCCCACCGUUUUAUUUAUUAUUUAUUUUUUUAUUUCGGGCAUCAUCUUGCACUAUAUUAGUGCUGCAUGACCGUAUUUUGUGUCUUUGCCAUAGGAAGUGCCACUCAAUACAAUAUGGCAAACAAGAUGACUUUUCUAAUGUACAGUCCUAAAUUCUUUUGGAUAUCUGAAGACUUUUUUACUUUUGUAAAUCACUGAUUGACAAAAAUGUUGAAAUAACUCUGUAACUCUGCUCAACACAUUAAAUUCAAUUUCAAUUCAAUUUGUAUAUUUUGGAAAAGCUUUGACAUGUUUUCUGAUUUUAGUUUAUAGCUGAAAAGUGAGAUGAUAGAGUUGGAAGGUGGUCUAUACCAAGGCUGCACUGUUGCCGGAAGAAGCUGUUCCAUAUGCCCCUCGGAGCUUCACUUUUAGUCAUUUAUGAUAGAAGGUAACAUGAUAUCUUGUAUUUAUUUAUUUAUUUAUUCAUUUAUUUAAUCAGAAACCCAAGAAGCAAUAACAACAAAUCCCAGCCCAUUUGUCAGUGUUCCAACAACAACUUAAUCAACAAAGCAGUCAAUAGAUAUCAGAUAGUUUUGGGAUUACGGAAAGUCUAAAUUCAGAAGAUUUAUUUGUCAGCUUGUAUGUGACUGUGACUUUGUUUCAGACAUUGUGCAGGUAAAUGCUAAGAACAUUGAACAUUAAUACUGCAUUUACUCCUUGUGCAGCCUUGGUGGUAGGAAACUCUGCUCCCUGAAGCCUGUGGUGUGUCAAUCAGGAUAGUAAAUAACGAUGACUCAAAAUUUAUACUGAUGCCAAUACCAGAAACAUUUUUCAAUAAUUUGUGCUGCUUUCAGUGUGAUGUUUGAUCUACAUUUCUAUGUACAUAAAGCACUUACAUUUUAUUUAUUAUUAAUGUUUCAUGCAGGAGUUGUUGUGGGUGCACAACAAGUGUUGUACAAAGUUGUUUUUUUUUUUUGUUUUUUUUUUAAUCUAAACACAUCCAAUGAAUUGCUAAUAAACAGUUUUGAAUGAUGUGUCCAUUUUUCCCCCCUUCAUGUGAAAAAAGUCUUACCAAAAAAAACCCAUUAAAAAAAUCUUCAUCUUCUUCAUCUUGAGAUCCAGCCUGUUGUUCCAUAUCGCCUUCACUGCCCUGAUCUUCAGCCACUAUUCCUUCACCAGGCUAGAACUCAACUGCUUCUGGUUGCAGGAUACUUCUCUCUUCUCUGGUGCUGUAAUCUAAUGAGUGAUUGCCAAUCAUCUUGCUCCUCACUC